AUGGGUGACCAUUCUUCCUCUAGGAGGGACCGCUCACGCUCUCGUUCCCCCCGCCGCGACCGAGACCACUCCCACCGAGACCGAGAGAGGGAUAGGGAGCGCCGCGAUCGGGACAAGGAUCACCGUGAUCGUGAUCGAGACCGCGGCAGUGAGAAGGACCACGACCACCACAAGAGCCGCGAUCGUGACCGUGAUCAUGACCGUGAUCGUGACCGCUCCCACCGCUCAAGCCAUCGCUCGCGGUACUCGGACGAGGAGGAUGACUUCCGACGACCUCGCCGAAACGAGACUGAGGAGGAGCGGCGAGAGCGCAAGCGGGCCAAGAAGGAGAAGCGCCGCGACAAGGAUGAGCGGAGAGAGAAGCGCAAGGAGGGUGUCGCCGUUGUCGACGACGACGAGGCCGGCGACAUGUGGGUGGAGAAGGACGUCGAGACUGUGAGUGCCGUGGGUACUAUCCCGACUGCGGACUCACUCCCGCUCAAGUCUACGGCUGUUGCGCAUGGCGAACCCUCGCCUCCUCGACGUGCGACGGACGCUCGCCGUGAUUCAUGGAUGAUUGGCAAGGAGGACGAGGACGAGGCCGCGCCGUCUCGAUCCGCUGGAGGGGACGACUUCUUCGGCUCUCUGGGUACCACGCACAAGCGCAAGGACCCGAACGAUAAGAAGCCUGACCCUGCAAAGGUCGUUCACAGCAAGUACGAGCUCAACACACAGCUGCUCGAGGGCAAGACGGUGGACGAGUACAAGACUGAAGAGAAGAAGGUCGUGCCAGGUGGACCAGGCUACCAGUGGCGCAUGAUGAAGUUGCGCCGGCUGUACGAGCAGGCCGAGGAGCAAGGCCGUUCCGUCGAGGAGGUCGCGCUGGAGCGCUAUGGCUCGCUGGAUGACUUCAACGAGGCGCUCGAGGAGCGCCGUGUCCUCGACGAACGGGAGGCGAGGCGUCGUGGACGGGGACGGCAGGGGAACGACUCGGGCCCAAGCUCGGGGCAGCGCACGCCUGACAACCGCCGGUUCGUGUUCAACAACCCCUCGGACGACUCGCGCCCAGGUUCGAGGCAGGGCUUCCGCCGCCCUGGAGAGGACACGCGCGACGGUGGUGGCGCGCAUACCCCGACUGGUGCGGCGCGCGUGGACGCCCUCAAGCGCCAGGAGAGCGGCGGCGUGCCGCGCAUCGGUACACCUCUCAAGGGAGCGACGCCGAUUCCGAGCGUCUUCACGCCGCAAGCGCUCACGCGAGGCGCAUCGGGCGAGCCGGGAUCCUCGGCUGCAGGAGGCCAUCCGGAUGGCCGACCUGUCAUGACGAUCGAGCAGCUCAACCGCCUGCAGGCCAAGGUCCUGCGCGCCAAGUUGACGGACGACGCCGACGCCGAGGCGCUCGAGGAGCAGUAUGACCGCGAGCGCGAGCGUGCUGUCGAGGCUGGUGCAGGAUCGACCGCGACGGGUGGCCUCAUCCGCGAGGACGAGGACGGAAACCAGGUCCGCAUCGAGGUCCUGCCUACCCUUGAUGGCCAGGGAAGGCUAUACGACGUCGGGCACGGCAAGGAGGACGAGGCGCAGAAGCAGGGCAACAGGCGCAAGAAGGAGCCCAAGGUUUGUGUGCGUAAGUGCGGGACAUGGCUGACAAUGCAGUUUGAGUCCCGCGACAAGCAGGGCAACUUGUUGCGAUACAAUGCCGACGACGACGAUAUCACCCUCGGCGAGAUGGUGCGGCAGGAGCGCUUUGGUGGCGGUGCCGGCGACAUGAAGAACCUGGACGCCGAGCUGGCUGCACAGAUCUCGAGGGAUGGCCGAUUCCAGGACGACCAUGAUUACGCGGACGACAACGCCGAGAAGCUUGCGAGGAAGCGCAUGAAGACGGACGCGAUGAAGCGCGCGUUCGCAAUCAAUGACUUUGCUCGCACCAAGCGUGCUCUGGACAGCUGUCCAUUCUGCUACCAGGACGACAGGAACCCCCUGACUGCGAUCGUGGCGCUCAGCAAGAAGACGUAUCUGUGCUGCACGCUCACAGAGGAGCUGGUGCCCGGCCACUGCCUCAUCGUGCCUCUCCAGCACCACAUGAGCACGCUCGAGAUGGACGACGAGGAGUGGGAGGAGGUCAAGAACUUCCAGAAAUCCCUGAUGCGCAUGUUCGCGGCUGAGAACAAGGGUGUGGUCUUCUACGAGACCAUCCUGAGCUUCAGGCAGCAGCGACACACGGUGAUCGAAUGUGUCCCUCUGCCUGCUGACCAGUUUGCCGACGCGCCUGCCUACUUCCGCGAGUCGAUCCUGGCGUCCGAGAGCGAGUGGACGCAGCACAAGAAGCUGCUCGACUUCUCGACGCGCCCAGGCGGAUUCAGGCGCAUGCUCGUGCCCAACCUCCCCUACUUCAUGGUCAUGUGGGACUACAAGGGCGAGAAGGGCUACGGGCACGUUAUUGAAGGCAUGGAUGAUGCUGCGGGCCGCGGCGACGACGACGAGCUCGGCGGCAUGGACGAGGGCGAUAAGGGUGGUGGCAAGUUCCCUCCAUACUUCGCCGCUGAGAUCAUUGGCAACAUUCUCGACUUGGAGCCACGCAAGUGGCUCCGACCGCGCCGCCUCGACUACAGUAUGAACCCGGAGCGUGCACGCGGUCUGGGCACAAAGUUCCAGCCCUACAACUGGACCUUGCAGCUACAAGAUGCAUAGGCCUCGAGCCUGGUGGAUACAACGGCGGUUGUGCUGAGCUUGUGGCGGUGUGCCUGACGUGAACUUGGCCUUACGACACAAACAAGGUUGCUUCACAU